AUGGACCAUAUAGUCCAUAGCACAGGGCAGCACACGGUCCUCAGACUAACCUUGUCCCCUGGCUAUUGCGCACAACAUUAUCCAAUCAGAGUUGGCCUUAGUGGAAGUGGCCAUAGGGAUGGGAGUGACUAUGGGAGUGACUAUGGGAGUGACUAUGGGAGUGACUAUAGGAAUGACUAUGGGAGUGACUAUGGGAAUGACUAUGGGAGUGACUAUGGGAAUGACUAUGGGAGUGACUAUGGGAGUGACUAUAGGAAUGACUAUGGGAGUGACUAUGAGAGUGACUAUGGGAGUGACUAUGAGAGUGACUAUGGGAGUGACUAUGGGAGUGACUAUGGGAGUGACUAUGGGAGUGACUAUGAGAGUGACUAUGAGAGUGACUAUGGGAGUGACUAUGGGAGUGACUAUGGGAGUGACUAUGAGAGUGACCUUACUGAGUAA